GGAAACUGGGGGCGGGGCUACCGGUGAUGACGCUACAGCCGCCAAAAUCAAACACAUCCGCAACUACAAGUGGAUGUUUUCAUCUAAAGCAGCGUAACGUACAUUAUUCCACACAACACAAAUACUCCCAGAACAUGGAGGUGGCGACUACAAAAGGUGUUUUGAGUCAUCUCAGUCGCCUGGAAGUUCAGAAAAGAAGCCUGAAGAGUCAACCUCAGCAGCCGGGUGGUGUGAAGGCGCUGAGGGCGACGGUGGAGGCGCUUCUGACGCAGAGGGACCAGCUGAGAGCAGAGAUCCAGACUCACAAGAAUAUCAAGAAACUGAGGGUGUCUAUGGACAAGCAGUGUACAAACGAAGAAGAAGAAACAGAGGAGGGAAUGGACGAAGACUCCGAGAACUCAAACCUGCUGCGGCUGAUGGCCAGACAUACACAACUGAAAGACCUCCUGCAUGCUCACAACGUCGUUGGUGGGUACAACGUUGUAAAGACCCGUCAAGGUAAAGGAGUGUGUGUGUCUGUGGCAACGUUCUACGAGGGCGUUUACUUGAACACUUACAACCUGGAGAUCGACGUGAAGCCGACCGUGAGGAUCAGUCGUCACAAUGUUCCUCCGUUUAUUCCUUUGAACAACCUGGCUGAGCAGAGCAACAUGCAGACGGACCUCCGGACUCUUCUGGACCCCCUCAGCCAACAUCUCAACGCCUUUGCCGGUCGCCAGCAGCAGUUUAAGUUUGUUAAGGAGCUCCAUAAGUCUGUGGAGGUGAUGGAGAGUAACGUGUUGUGUUCAUUACUGGUGCUGAAGUUCACCGUCCCCAGAGAGAAGACGGCUGUUCUCUGCUCCCUCGACUACACUGACUGCACCAGAAGUCUUCCCACACGAGUCCACUUUGAAUCUGACGACGAGGAGCUUCCUGAGUCUCCAGUGUGGAAAACACACUGCAGCUUUCUCAUGGAGACUCCUGUGCACAAAGCGUUGAAAACAAUGAGGAAGACGGGGAAUAUCGUGUAAUUUAUUGAGAUAUAUAAUAAAGCCAUUCUACAUUUGAAUAAACUCUGAUUUUUCUUUUACAAUGAAACAGAUACUUAAACUUUUGGUUUUGUUUUGAUGUUGCAAACGUUUAGGUAAGACGCCGCAUGUAUUUCCAUGUUGCUUUUGUCCUUGAACUUUUAUAUGAAUGCCGCCACCUCAUUGCGUAAAGUCUCCCACUGAAACUGCCUCAGCGUUUCUAUUUCCUCCUGGGCUUUCUGCUGUUGCCUGGCCAGCUCUUUUUCCGAUAUUGCUUCACCGCUUCAUCUUCUUUCUUGUGAUACUGGGAGUUGCUGGUGUACGAUCUUCUGCCAUCAGAUGGUUGUAAUUUGUGUUCUUCAAUCUCCCUCACGGCGACGUUGACAGACGCUUUAGGCUCAACCCCUUUUACCAUCCCCACUCGUCUGCGUUCGCUCUUCAGGGAGUCUGUUCUCUGCUUAAGCGUUUUGCGAGUGGACCUGUACUGCCGGGCCAACGUGUCCGGUUUAUGCUGGAGCGCCCGUUCCUCUUAUUAUUCAGCACUUUCAAAUUUUUCUGCUGCACAACAGGUGUCUGAAGCAUUGAUCCAUUAGAAGAUGGCUUGAAGGAGAAAUGUGUUUUUGAGUCACCAAAAUAGAAACAUAAGUUUUGUUUAAAUUAGGAAGAGUUUGGUGUUUUCUUAACUGAUUUCUGUCCUCUAAAGCGUUGUGUUCUGCAGGUGUUUUUAUUGCUAUGUCCGUCUCAUUGUACGUUAUGUAAUAGCCUAUUGUAUCUGAAAUAAAGUGAAUGGGAUUGUUGUGUGUGA